AUGAGUUUUGGUAACAUGAAUAAUAAUCAGGGCGACUACGGAAAUAUAUCAUUGCCUCUAGCAGGCCUACCGCCGCAUUCGAUACCUCCCGAGUCUAGCUCUAUGAGCCCUACAAGUAAUACACCUUUACUUCCUGCUCAAACAGGUAGACCUCCAGCAAAUGAAUUUGUGCGCAAACUAUACACAAUUUUGGAAAAGAAUGCAUAUCCAGACAUCGUUCGUUGGACAGAAAACGGUGACACUUUUGUUGUUCUAGAUACAGGGAAGUUCACGGAAGAUAUUCUACCAAAUCAUUUCAAACAUUCUAAUUUUGCAAGUUUUGUUCGUCAGUUGAACAAGUAUGAUUUUCAUAAGAUUAAGAAGAAGGUCACUGACGUGGAAAGAAGUUGGGAAUUUAAGCAUCCAUCAUUUAGAAGACAUUUUGACGAAGGAUUAGACAACAUCAAGAGGAAACCCACCACCUCCAAACGACUACCGAUGGAUGAUGAUGCGUUGACCGGAGGUGGUGCAUCAAUCUCAUUACAGGCACAAACUGAAUACAUUCUUAAUAAUACUGUUAAAAAAGACAACUUUAAUAAGUUAAAAAAGAAUUUUGAUGAUAUACGAUCAGAAUUAGACGAAGUAAAGAUGGAUAAUGCGAACUAUAGGGCGGAGCUUCAAACGUUGGGUUCAAAAUAUAAUGCGAUGGUUGAAAGUUUACUUACCUUUAGAACUGUUUAUGAAAAUUUAAUUGGUAACUUUCAAACAUUAUGCACAUCAUUGAACGAAAAAGGAAUUCAGGUACCAACAAAUUUAUUUGAAGCGACACAUAUAAAUGGACACAGUCACGUUUACUCUCCAAAUAAUGCCAACGCUGCUAUGAAUAUGAUGAAUGGAUUACCUACCAAAUCAGUUGCUGGUGGAACAAACUCAGCUAACAUACCAUCCAUUCAAGCUAUUUUAUCGAACGGUUCAGCACCCACUCAACAACAAAAGCCUCCUAUUCAAUCCCCAACAGGUUCUGUCAUCGGACCAGCAUUGCCCCUGUUGUCCACUCCAACCUUGCCAUUGGCAACCAAUGGUCCUCAAGCCGCAAUGCGUGCAUCAAUCAAGCUUGAGAAUGAACCGAACAAUGAAGCACAGGCUGUCUUGAGGCCGGGAUUUCAUGUCUUGUUGGUGGAGGAUGAUGCGGUAUCAAUUCGACUGUGCUCUAAGUUUUUGAGAAAAUAUGGGUGUACUGUGGAAGUUGUUACCGAUGGACUUUCAGCUAUCUCAACUCUAGAGAAAUUUAGGUACGAUUUGGUUUUGAUGGAUAUUGUAAUGCCCAAUUUGGACGGUGCCACGGCUACGUCAAUUAUUAGAAACUUUGAUAAUCAAACACCAAUUAUUGCUAUGACUGGUAAUAUUGAGGAUCAAGAUCUAAUUACAUACCUUCAGCAUGGCAUGAAUGACAUACUGGCAAAACCAUUUACAAAGGACGACCUGCACUCAAUGUUAAUAAGAUAUCUAAAGGAUAGAAUACCGUUACGUGAUCAGCAAAAGGUACAGGGAACUCCAGGCGAUGAUGGACAACGGAUGAGUAUUUCAACCGCACAUGACCCGUCUACAAAUGUUAAAACGCCUGCUUCCACACAUCCUGCACAAUCGGGUGCGGGACGUCAUCAAUCACCUCAUGACUUAACACAUCGAUCGCCUAAUGUUCAGCUGCAAACGUCACAGAUGCAAAUCGAUCAGUUUCGGGACCAACAAAAGAAUAUCCAACCUAUAAAUACAAUGAACCCGCAAGAUGCUCUUGUCCCCGAUCAGGACGUAAUAAAUGAUGAACCUAUGCUCAAGAAACAAAGAUUGUAA